GGGCAGGGGGCCGGAAGUGGACGAUCUUAACUUCCUCUUUGAGGACAGAACAGCCUGUACUGUACGACUGGACUUUGAGUCGAGGAGCAUGGCCUUUACUCUGAUUUCUCAGGAAGCAGACUGAACAGGAGAACAGGAAAAGGGUUUGAAUCCAGAAAGAUCCUUUCUCGCACUCCUGUCCACCCAGAGCACCAUGCCUAGAGGCAACAAGAGCAAGAGCCGCUCCCGGGCCAAAAGGCAGCAGAUGCGGGGAGAGAGGCCUAAUCUCCAGGGUGCUCAGCCCACUGCGGAGGAGGAGGAGGAAGCAGCAUCUCCCGCUCUUGUCCAGGGAGAUGUUCCCAGCUCCCCUGAUAUAGGCACUCCUCAGGGGUCUGAAAAGGCUGCAUCCCAUAGUUCUUCUGCUUUAAAUGUGCCCCAUCCGGUCCAUGAUGUUGGUGCUGCGGGUUCCUUUACAGGUAUGGAUGAGAGACGUGCAAAUGUCUCCAUUAUAGCAGAUGCCAUCCAAACUGCACGCAACGACCCUCUGACCAGGAAGGCCAGCAAGGUACUCCACUAUCUGCUGGAGAAGUACCAGAAGGAUGAGCAACCCGUGGAGGCAGAGAUGCUGAAGCUGAUCAGCACGAAGUACAAGGCUGACUUCCCCCGCAUCCUGGAGAAAGCCACCUAUCAGCUGGAACUGGUCUAUGGUCUGGAGUUGAAGGUUGACAACCCUGCCACUCAGUCCUAUGUCCUAGUUAACAAGUUACCCAUCCUCCCUGGGGCAAAUGUGGGUGGCAGGAGAGAAUUGCCUAAGACGGGUCUCAUCCUGACCCUCCUGGGUAUGAUCUUAAUGAAGGGCAACCGUGCCACUGAGGAAGAGGUCUGGCAGUUUCUCCACAUGCAGGGGAUAUAUCCUGGGAGGAGGCACUUAAUCUUUGGGAAUCCCCGGAAUUUCAUCACCAAAGAGCUAGUUGAGCAGAAUUAUGUGGAGUACCGCCAAGUUCCUGGCAGUGAUCCCCCAACCUAUGAGUUUCUAUGGGGUUCCAGAGCCCAUGAAGAAUCCAUUUCCAGGAAAGUCCUGGAAGUUUUGGAUAAGAUCAGAGAUGCCAUUCCUGGUUACUAUCCUCAACAGUAUGAGGAGGCUCUCAGUAACCAGGCUGAGAGAGCAGCAAGGAGAGACAAGGCUGUUAGUGUCCGUGCUGACAGGGUUCUCUCCCAUGCCCAACCUAGAAGGUCCUCCCACAUUUAGCUAGCCCUUGGUGAUAGCUGUCACUGUGCUGAAGAACAACCAGUCUUCUGAGUAGUGGGGCGUUUAUGAGUAGGUGGGAAUACACUAAGACAAUAAAUACCUUUUGUGAUGCAUGGGGAAAGUAUACAUACCUUUCUUUGUUACAUUAAUAUUCCUAUAACUGAAAAUUAAUUUGCUUCAUAUGUGCUUCUUAACGUCUGCUAAGUUUGUUGCUGUUUGCCAAGAGUAAGAUAUUUGGAGUUUUAAAGUUAUUGGAAAACAUUCAUACAUUUCUUCUUAACAAGCAUAAAACAAGACAUGAGAAAAGGUUUCACAGAAUGUGAUGUGCUACAGUUGGUAACAAAUGUAAAGUGGUCAGUUCCUCUGUGUCACUCUUGGUUUUGUCUUUAGUUCAUAAUUUUAAUAGAAAUAAACUUGGUUUCAUUAAACUU